AUGUCCCAGAUUACUCAUGUCGUGCUGGACAAGACUGGCACCUUGACGAAGGGACAACUUUCCAUAUCCAGGCUCAGACUUUUAGAUCCUUUGCACAAAAUGACCACAGAUCACCUCGUUUGGUGUGCCGCGGAGAGAGAUUCGCACCUAUCGCAUCCCGUAGGACGGGCUGUGUUUCAAUGGGCAUCCUCGCAGCUAGAUGGAACCAGAGAAUAUGUGACCCAAUAUGCCGAUUCAGCAGACAGGGGUCGUGAACUGGCUCUUCAAGAACACACGCAAACCGUUCAUUUCGCCAUCGACGACAGCUAUAUUGGACUAUUGUGUAUUGAGGACAGCAUCUGGUCUGAGUCCGCCAACCUCGUGCGCCAGUUGCAGCGCCAAGGGCUCAUGGUCUCGAUUCUCACCGGGGACGAGGAAUGA